GCAUGAGCGACGGGGCGCAGCCGCCGCCGGUGACUCUGCCCGUACCCCGAGCCUGGGGAAGUUGCUGCCCGCCUGGCGUUUUGCUGCAGCCUUCGGCCGAAGAUAUUCCUCAUACUUAUUAAUAUCCAGGAUAGAGUAUAAUUAGUAUAAUGGGGAGAAAACUGGAUCUCUCUGGCUUGACUGAUGAAGAAGCAGAGCAUGUGCUUCAGGUGGUUCAGCGAGAUUUCAGCCUUCGUAAGAAAGAGGAAGACAGACUGAGUGAAAUGAAGCAGAAGUUGGAUGAAGAGGGUAACAAGUGCAGCAUCCUUUCUAAGCAACAGAAGUUCAACGAGCACUGCUGUAUUCGCUGCUGUUCCCCCUUCACUUUUCUUAUCAACAGCAAGAGACAGUGCCAAGACUGCAAGUACAACAUCUGCAAGAGCUGCAGUUCUUACCACAAGAAGGAGAAGGCUUGGAUUUGCAGUGUCUGCCAGCAAGCAAGACUCCUAAGGACUCAGUCUCUGGAUUGGUACUAUAAUAAUGUCAAAAGCCGCUUUAAGUGUUUUGGAAGUGCCAAAGUCCUGAAGAACUUAUACAGGAAGCAUAGACUGGAGAGUGGAGUUUGUCCUGAUGUAGUAGAAGGAAGUUUUUUUGAAGGAAGCUUUGAAAAUGAAGGAAGCAUUUGUGGCAGUGACUCCACAUUCUACCAACAGACAGAAGGACACAGCAUGAUGGAUACCCUUGCUGUGGCCUUACGUGUUGCAGAGGAAGCAGUGGAAGAAGCUAUUUCUAAGGCAGAGACCUACAGUGACAGCCUGGACAAGCAGAACGAGGCUUGUUACUUGCAGGAUCACAAGGAAGACCUCAUAGAAGAGCUGGCUACAACCAUAGUGCAGAAGAUUAUAAAGAAGCAGAAGAGCAAAACUGAGCAGGCUGAGAGUGACUUUGAAUGGCUACCAUCCAGGAGCAGUGGCCUGGCAUCUGUUGCUGUCUCAGAUCAGAGUAUGCUGACUUUUCCUGGGAGCCGCAGUGGGUCCUACACAUUAUGGAGGUCUCAGUCUGCAUUUUCCCUGGCUAGUGAAGAUUUGCCCAGUAAAGGACUAGACCCUGCAUCGUCUGUGACUGAAGCUCUUUGGAGGCAGCAAAAAGGACAGUUCAGGAAACAGAAGGAACGCAAACUCUCUGCAUUACCAAGCUGGAAAAGUGUGGACAGGCUAAAUGAAACAAAUCCGCCUUCUGUUUUCCAAAGCACGGAUGGAAACUGGGUAGCUUUGCAGAAUGUUACUUUGCCUCGUCCUCGAAUGCUUGCCAAACCAAAGAGUCAAGUGUUUGAAGCUUUGGAGAAUGAAUCCAGUAUCGUGUCUGCCUAUGAUGAGAUGGGGUCAGACAGUGAGGAUGACUAUGACUGGAAUGUGGCCUUGAACAAGCUGCGUCGGAGACCUCGGCAAUUACCAGGCGAUUUCUGUUACACCAACUCCCAGUAUGGUACUGAGUGGAUUUAUGGCAAUGAUCAGUACCAGGCAGUGACCUCCCCUUCCUCUGGGUUAUACACCAAUACUGAGACACUGUUCUCUGAUUCUGAAACAUCUUCGGUAAACUCUUCCCAGGAAGCUAAAGGACCUAGCAAACUUCUUUGGUUACAAAACAGGACUCAAAGCGAUAUGCCCAGAACAGAAAAAAAACAUUUCCAUGGAGAACUGGAUGUAAAUUUCAAUCCCCAGGCAACCAGCUUGGAGUUUUCUGACAGCAGUGAGACUGAAGAAGUCUGUUACGAUUUAGAAAAGAGAUCAAGAAGGUGGAGGAAGAACAAAGCGAUUUCUGAAGAAUUACGUGAAGGAAAAAAUCGCACAAAAGCCAACAAGAUGAAUUUAAGUCAGGAUUUUGAUGAUCUAUCAGAAACAGAUAUAAGCAGUGAAGAUCAGCAUCAUAACAUGAAGCCUGAUGUUAUGGAAGAGGAGCUUAAAUCCAGGUUAUUUCAGCUUGCUGCUAAAAUGAGUGACAAGGAAACAUCUUCUGGUGAAGAGCAAGAGUCAGAAUCUAAAACAGACCCUGAAAACCAAAAGGAGAGUUUGUCCUCAGAGGAGAAUGGCAGAAGUAUUCAGGAAGAGUUAAAAAAGGAAAAACAAAAGGCUUUUGAUCUUCAUUUAAAGUUGCAGUUUUUAUCCACUGUAUUGCAGCAGAAGUACUCUGCUGUCUCUCUCUGCAACAUAUCUACAGAGGUCCUGAAAGUCAUCAAUGCCACUGAAGAACUGAUAGCAGAAUCCACCAGUCCCAGCGAUUUCCCAGCUGACACUGAGGACAGAGGAAGAGGGACGUUCCCUCUGGGGACGGACCCAGUCAGACUGGAUGAGCAGCUCACCACACUGGAAGAAAAUGUGUACCUGGCCGCCGGCACAGUGUACGGGCUGGAGGGGCAGCUCACCAACCUGGAGGACGCCGCACGCAAGAUCAACAGUGUUACUGCAGAGUCUGAGCUGGCCGAUUUGGAGGAUCAGGUGGCAACAGCAGCCGCCCAGGUUCAUCACACGGAGCUUCAGAUUUCAGAUAUUGAGAGCAGAAUAUCAGCUCUCACUGUUGCAGGCUUGAACGUGGCUCCAUGUGUUCACCUGACAAGGAAACGGAAUCAAAAGCAAACAAACCAGAUGCAUACAAUAGACACAUCGAGACAGCAGAGGAGAAAACUUCCAGCUCCACCAGUAAAAGAUGAAAAAAUAGAUGGUUCUCCAGUUACCACUGUCAGAACGUUUAACAGAAACUUCAUGCUUCAAGGAUCUCUAACACAAAGAGCUAAAGAGAGGAAAAGCACUGCCAAGGACUUAAUGGAACCUGCUAUAGGAUCUGCUGUGAUGUACUAAACUUACACUUCCCUACUGCCAAUAACACACUGCCUAAGGCUGUACACUCGAGUGCCUUUACUUAACAGCCAUUGUGUAUGUCCAGCUGAAAAUGGACCCUCAAGAACCCACAAUGCCUCAGUUAUAGGGCUUCGUUUGGAUACCUCACUGAGAAAGCUGUACAAGUCUUCAGCAUUGUGGUCUGCUACAGGAAACUCUGCCUUAAAGUUCUCACAAGACUCUAGAAAGGAUGCUGAGUUUCAAAAGCAAGGCUCCACAUUUUAAGAUGCACUUUUUCUCCCCAUUGAUUGUACUAAACUAUGUCGUCCUUAAACUGCAGUAUGUUUUUGUAGACUCAGUCAAUCAUUAUUCUAGGCCAAUAUUUGGUAACGAAAGAAAGAACAAAGCAGACCUGUGAUCUAUAUUUGCUGGCCUCUUACUAUUCAUAUAGGCAUCCAUCUUGUUGAGCAAUAAGAAAAACUCCAUGCUGUGUGUGCUGUUUUUAAGCUGCAUGGUGGGAAUGGAGAAUCAGCACACCUAGCUCUGCUCCCAGUGGCUCAGGGGAAGUUUUGACAGGGGCUUGUAGAGGGAGAUAUGAUGUGCCAAGGCUUCUCUGUUCACUGAGGGUACUUUUGGCAGAGUUAAUGUUCUAGAUCCAGAGCUAGCUAUUUUGCUCCUGGAAGCAGGGGGAGCAUGGAUGUCAUGUUGAACCAUGAAUUGCUGGCAGCACAUGUGGACCAGGUGUCUGUUGAGUUAUGAUCCUAGCAUCCGAAAACAGCUGAACACUGCUGUGAAACCCACCCCUUCGUAUCUCUCGUUCUUGGUAGCAUUGUCCGCUUGGUGGUGUUCAACCACAAAGUAGUUCAGAGUAAAUUCUGACCAAAUCUUUCCGACUGGAAAAAGAAAGUAAAAGUUUGGGGAUGGGAAUGAGUUCUCUGCUGACUGGUUCAUGGUUGUAGGGUGGCUGCAACCUGUAAGAGACUUCCUCCUGCAGUUUCCUGGCUUUUCUGAGGAGGGGGAAAAUGUAGCCUGGACAUCUCUUUCUUUACUAGUCUGUAGACAAGGUGGAGUAGCUGGGGCUUGUCACUGGUGUCAUGUGCACCCCACUAUCAUUGGACCACUCUGAAUUGGACAGUGAAGAGUAAAAUUAAUUAUUUCAUUUCUUCAGACCUUCGAAAGGUGAGUCAAACUGGAAGUCCCAUGAGCAGAUGCCCAGGAGGGAAGAUGCUGCUUACAGGGUGUCCCUCUUGCCCUUUUUAGGGAGGACCUUGCCUGCUUCUUCUCCUGUGCUCCCAGUGAACACCCAUUAGCAGAGGGCUGAACAUUUCCUGCCAUGUGGCAGGAAAGCAGUCCCCUGGGACACUAGGCCAUGCAAUAUCUAUGAUUGGGCAAAUAAGAGCAAAACUGGGCAAAUUUCCUGGCUAGGCUGCAUUUCCAGGGCCAGGUGAGGAAGGUAAGGAAUGUCUGGAUGGGAUGGUUGGAAAAAUAGUGCCAGUUGCAAAUCUGCACCCACAUUUGACAUCGAGCUUGUGAGUAAACUGAUGACCAGCUGCAUGUAAGGAACCCUCAGAAUAAAUGCAAUCAUCUUCCUACCUAGAAUACAUAAACAUCAUUCAGUCCCAUCAGGGAAUUGCCAUCCAGCCAAGAUCUGACCCCAUGUAUUUAUUCUGGGUGAAAUUAUGCCACCUUUUACUCUCACAUAAAACUAGUUCUCUGGAAUUAGUUUGCACAGAUGUGAGGGUAGAAUUUGGCCCACUCUGUUUAAUAUACACACAUGUGUAAAACAAAUAGAUUUUAUUUAUAUAUGCAAUCCAGUAAAGGAAAUUAAACAGAGUAGGAUGCCUAGUAAUUUUUUUUCUUAUCCAGCCUCCUCUCCCUCCCUUGACUGUCCUUGUGUAUGUUCAACACAUUCCCAGGUUCUGGUUUAUGCAGGUUUGCGUGUUAUGAAAUGUCAUUAAUGGUGGUUGGUCUACAUAUUUGUCUAAUAAAUAAUAACUAAUAUUGUGUAUGUAAUAUCAAUACAGAAAUGACUAAUUUUAAUAGGCUUUUGUUCUGUUAGUGUGAUUUAAACAAGCCAACAAAGUUUGGAAUAGGUUGUUUUCCUUAAGAGGCAUGAAAAGCAACUAUUAUCGUGUUAUCGUUAAAAUAUUCCGUCUUCUUUGACAGAAAACUGUGUAUUGUGUAGGCAUUGAAAAAAACAAAAAGAAAAAAAAAAUCCUACCUGCUAUAAGGCAUUUGAAUUUUUACAAAUGUUUAUUGUGCCAAAUACAUGCAGAGAUAUAAUUUACUGUUUUAAAAAAAUCAUAAACCCAUAUGUUAUAGCACACAAAGAAUUAUUUUGUCAUCAAGUGAUUUCAAUCUUUAGUGUUAAUAUUUAUAUUUAGAUUAAUUUUUAUAAAUGAAGAUAUUUUAAUGGGUAAAAUGAAGACUAUAUGAUCUAUUUGAUUAAGUCUGAGUGAAUAUUAAGCUUGCCUUGUUGUUGUUAUCUGCAUACUCACCGAGAAUUAUUGUCAAGAGAAAUUAUAGAAGAGUAAAAUCAAUUUAUGAAAAGAAUGCCUUUUCAAGGACUCGUUUCAUAAAGAAAAACAAAAGCCCUUCUCUGUUGUUUGGAUUUAUGUGCACGUCGGCCAGGAAGCAUGCGGAGCCUGCUGCCGCACACA